AUGGAUUUGUUCCGGUCAGAGGAGUUCACCAACCAUGUCCGGCAUUUGAUGAAACAGCAUCGCGUGCCCGGACUCUCCAUCGCAAUUCUGCAAGACAAUAACAUACAUUCCACUGGAUACGGACUCGCUUCCAUCAGCCCAGAGAAGCCAUGCACUGCAGACACUCUCUUUGACAUUGCCUCCGCUUCGAAAUCAUUGACGGCUGCUUCAGUGGCAAUGCUUGUCGACGAUGAUGACCACUACCCUGAAGUCCAAUAUGAUGCGAUAAUGUCCAAGUUGUUGCCCGGUGAUUUCGUAUUGCAUGACCCGUCAUACACUGAUGGCGUUAAUAUUGAUGAUGUCUUCGGGCAUAGAACCGGGCUUGCACCAUGCGAUCUGUCGCUAAUGAGCCCACGGGCAGAGCAACCAGAUGAUGCCCGUUCCAUCACAAGAAACAUGCGCAACUUGCCAAUUGCCGCACCAAUACGUUCAAAAUACAUGUAUAGCGAUAUGAUGUAUACGGCACUAACACUUCUCGUUGAGUCCAAGACUGGGCAGAGGUUUGGCGACUACUUACAAGAGCGCUUCUUUGGGCCCCUGCAAAUGACCUCAACCAAUUUACAACCGGGAACAGCUAAGGAUAAAGGCCUUGGACCCCGUAUGGCGGCGGCAUAUUGUUGGGAUCGGGAGAACAAAUCAUUUAAAGCGUUCGACAAUCCUGACCGGCCGGAGGGCCAAGGCGCAGGCUCAGUCAUCACGAGUGUGAAUGACUACAUCAAAUGGGUUAAAGCUCUGAUGCUUCAUGAAAGCCCGGUCACCGAAAACAUGUACAAUGAGCUGAUUAGAUCCCGAAGUUUCCUUGAAGUCGAGCACAAUGAGAAGUGGCUCGGUCCAUUCACUUCUCAAACUACUGCUGGAGCCGGACUCGAAAUGUUUUACUACAGGGGAUAUCUUGUGGUCGGUCACAAUGGGCUGGUUCAAGGAUUUGCUUCAAGGCACUUCUUUUUGCCCCAGUUCAAAUUUGGUGUCGUGAUCUUUGCCAAUUCUUCUAGUGCCGGGCGCGUCAUCGAAAUCAUCUCCCGCGAACUCAUUGAUGCCGCACUGGUCGUGCCUGUGGCGGAGCGACACGACUGGUCUGGCAGCAUAGCACUAAUCGACCCGGAUGGUGCCUUUGAGCGUCGUGUGAAGAGAAUGGACGAGGCAGUCCGUGCCAGCUUUACCCCAGACAGCGACGAGUCAUCAGAGAAACAGACUCUUCCGUUGGACGCAUAUGUUGGAGUAUACAAGAACAAGGGGUUCCACAACUUGACUGUCCAAAUUAAAGAACAAAAAUUGUUUAUUGACGCGUCGGAUCGUUCGUUCGGCUUCACCAUUACGUUGGAUCAUGUGUGUGACCAACGAAAAUACGUUGCACACCGAAGCGAUUUCUUUGAGGGCGGUGAUACACCAAUUCGAGCGGAGGUCAUAUUGGAGAAUGGCCGUCCGGUGCGCUUGGGCCUGGAGCUUGAAGAAGAGUUGGAAGAACUUAUUUGGUUUGACAAGAUCAAGUGA